AUGUCAGAUGGAAUAGAGUUGCUUGAUGAUACGAGAGAGAGAAAGUCAGAUUAUGAGAAUUCCGAUGACGAAAGAAGGAGAUCAAAAAUCAGGUCUCUGAAGAAGAAGGCCAUAAAUGCUUCUAACAAGUUCACUCAUUCUCUCAAGAAAAGGGGGAAGAGGAAGGUUGAUUUUAGAGUUCCUUCCAUUUCAAUUGAGGACGUUCGUGACCCGAGAGAGGAGAGUGCUGUCUGUGACCUGCGCCAAAAACUUCUUGACAGGAAUUUAUUGCCAGUUAAGCUUGAUGACUACCAUACUUUACUGAGAUUUCUGAAAGCUAGAGAUUUUGAUAUCGGCAAGACCCUCCAGAUGUGGGAAGAAAUGCUUAAUUGGAGGAGGGAGUUUGGAGCAGAUACUAUCUUGGAGGACUUUGAAUUUGAGGAGCUGGAAGAAGUCUUGCAAUAUUACCCCCAAGGAUAUCAUGGAGUUGAUAGAGAGGGAAGACCAGUUUAUAUUGAAAGGCUUGGACAAGCUCAUCCAAGUAAACUGAUGCGCCUCACUUCAAUAGAAAGAUACCUGAAGUAUCAUGUUCAAGAAUUCGAGAAGGCUAUACAUGAGAAGUUCCCAGCAUGUUCCAUUGCUGCUAAGAGACGAAUAUGUUCCACAACCACAAUUUUGGAUGUACAAGGCCUGGGGAUUAAAAAUUUCACAGCGACUGCCGCUAGUCUAUUGUCAGCCAUGGCAAAGAUUGAUAAUAAUUACUACCCAGAGACACUCCACCGCAUGUUCGUUGUCAAUGCUGGAACUGGAUUUAAGAAGAUGCUUUGGCCUGCUGCACAGAAGUUUUUGGAUCCAAAAACUAUCGCAAAAAUUCAUGUCUUGGACCCUAAAUCUUUGGGGAAGCUACAUGAAGUCAUUGAUCCAAGUCAACUGCCUGAUUUUUUGGGUGGAUCUUGCUCAUGUAAUGUUGAGGGAGGCUGCCUGAGGGCUAAUAAGGGUCCGUGGAGUGAUCCUGAAAUAAUGAAGCUUGUCUAUAAUGCGGAAACAACUUUUGAGGGUUGUGUUGCCAAAAUAUGCAGCGAUCAGCAGAAAAUUGAUUCUUAUUUUAAAAUGCAGGCCCUGAAGAUGGCAAGAUGUGGUGAUACAUCCUUUGCAGAAUCAGGAUCAGAUGCUGAUGAUCUUUUCUCGCCCACCAGACAAAACAGCGAGGUGAUUUCUCGACUUGCCCCAGUUCAUGAAGAAGCCAGAACAUCAGAUACUUGUAUUUACUAUAGUUGCAACGAAUAUUUCUCUCCACCUGACAAAGAUAGUGAUAAUGAACAAGGAUUGGAAGACCAUUCUUCGAUCGGCCAUGGAAGUUCAGGCUUUGAAGGUGCCCUUGUUAUGUAUUGGUUAGACUCCAUCGGGGAUAAAAUAGUGAGGAGAGGUUUCCGGUAUAUAACUAGAACACUGAUAUUCAUAGUGAUCAAGCUUUUUGAGUUUAUCAAGAAUACGCAUUUCGGAUAUUGGAGGACUCGGGCCAACGUUUAUCCGGAAAAUGAUCCACAACCAGACGAUCAUUUACCUGUCGAAUCAGAAGCUGUAGUUAGGGAAGAGGAACAGGCAGCACUUCCCUGCGUUCAGCGCCUCCAGAGAUUGGAGAAUUUAUUGGAGGAACUCGUGAAGAAGCCUGCCCAAAUCCCAGUGGAGAAAGACCAGUUACUUCAUAGAUCUCUCGAUAGGAUAAAGUCAGUAGAGUCUGACCUUGAGAAAACAAAAAGGGCAUUGAAUUCAACCGUGACGAAGCAGCUCGAGAUAGCUGAGUUACUGGAAAAUCUGCGAGAGUCUAAGUUUCACCGUCGUAGGCUGUUCUGUUGA